GAUGGAUAUAUUGAUUCGUCAUAUUUAUUUGGUAUUUGGAGCUUUUAGUGCUGAAGUAUUUCAUACAAAUGAGAAAAUACAAAUCUACAGAUUUGACUGAACUUGGAUAUUUUACUUGUCACAGGAAUAUAAACCAGUAGAAAUCUAGAAUAAUGUCCGACUCUGAACAACAACAAAUCGUUCCUAGUUUGAUCGAUCAUCAAACAGACAAAUCUGAUCUUACCGACCCAGAAACAAUCGAGGCGGAUCCAGCUGUUCAACAAACUAUCGAGUCGGAUAUCAUUGAUAACAAUUCCAGCAAUGAUACCGACGAUUCAGGAAACGAAUCCCCACAACAACAACAACAACAACAAGGACCUAUAAUUCAGGACUUGGGUCCUGAGGAUGAGAUCCAUGAAGAGCAAGGUCCAGGACAGGAAUAUCAAGUUGAGGAACAAGGCGAAGGACCGGCGGUUGUUCAGCAACCAUCCCAACAGGCGGUUCAACAACUCACAGCAGCACAAGGUGGACAAGCUGGCAAUGUUAUAGAAUAUCACGUUCAUUAUUACGGGGGGACGGUUUAUCAAGGCUCAGUAAUAAAAGGAGACAUCGUGGGGACAAAAGCUCAAGCAAAAGGUGCAACAAUUGGAUCUAUUGGUGGGUCACAACCUUCUGCAAUCGGUGGCCCAGAGGGACAAGCAGCUUUAGCCUGGCUUGGUGAAGGAGCAUCUGGUAGUUCUCAGGUACCUGCAAUAGGUGGUCCCGAACAACGACCUGCUUUGCCUUGGCAUGGAGAAGGAGAAAGAGGAGCGCUUCAUCCUGGUAGCAAUCAACCUCUCGCAUUGCCUGCACCAGAAGCGCAGUCUCCUUCAUCAGGGAACGAACAGCUUGGAGAGAUCGGGGCGACAGUGCCAACCGGUGAACCAGAAAUAUUGGCUUCAAUAAAGCCAAAGAAAAAAUCAAAGAAAAGGCCAAACAGAGGAGGUUCCAAUCGAGAUCCAGAGCCUGUUCCUACUUCACGUUCAUCUGUGGAAAGACGUUUCAUUGACGAAGAGACAUUGAAUGCUAAUGUAACACCACCUAAAGUAGUUGGAAUCCCCACUGCUUCAAAUCCAGAAAUAUCAGGAGCAUUCCCACUAAUUCCACCUGAACCUUCGAAUAGACGAGAUGCAAACGGUCCAUCUGUAGCAAGCCCCAAAACAACAGGAAUCCCCACUGCAUCAAAUCCCGAAAUAUCAGAAGCAUUCCCACUGAUUCCACCUGAACCUUCAAAUAGACGAGAUGUGGCAUCUGGAGCAAGACCAAAAACAACAGAUCAACAGAGUCGCCCAACAGCUGGACAGAUUGCAACAAGAGAUUCUCCUCUGCAUCCAGAACGGACUGAAACGGUGGAUUCCAGGGACAGUCAAUCAGAUCGACCAUCGGUGCGAUUUUCAUCUCAACAUGAAGUAGAGGAGAGAAGUUUUGUUGGUGAAGAUACUGAUGUAACAAUUCCUAAAGCUAUUGGGAGUCCUACAUCACCAAGUCCAAUAUACGACCGAGAUUUUCAGCAAGCAAUUCCGUUCCCUGGAAGAACGGAGCAUCAACAUAGGCGCGAUGUGAACAUACAAUCAGGAGCAAGACCUAAAACUACAGGCGCCGGUAUGCGAGUCAGAUAUUUGCCAGAACAAGAUGAAACAAGUGAAGAUGAAACAUCUGAAGGAAUCGAUAGUGAAAACGAACUAUCCGACAUUAUGAAAGAUUUUAUCAAAUAUAAAAAAUACGUCUCUGAAGAAAAAUCGCUGUUUACAAGAAAAUCAGAAAGAAGAAAGUCUAGAGACCGAAAGACCACCCAUCAAGCGCCAACUACAUCGAGAUCUCGGUCAACGGGUUCUCGUCGCCAGAGAAAUGAAAGACAGUUUUCAUCGACAAAUCGUGUGAGAUCAAAAAGUGCAGAUGCCAGAUAUUUGUCGAGCUUGGAUGAAGCAAGCGAAAGUGGCGAUUGUGGGGAAUCGAUACAUGUUAUUGAUCCUGCAAAAGAGAGUGACAGUGAAAGUGAAUUAUCCAGCAUUGCCAAAGACUUCGUGGCCUACAUAAAACAUAAAACUAACCCAAAGUUUUCAAGACAGAUAAAGAAAAGUUAUUUUGAAGACCGAUCCUUCACCAACAAUUCCUCGCAAGAGUGCCAAGUCAAUCUCGAUCGUGAAAGAGAUGGAAUGAACCCAACAGAUCAGACACAACCGAGUGGUAGAGAACUUCGUGUAAAGAAACGCGAUACAAGUGACAAACAUUUACAAACAGAUGAUCCAAACUAUAAUAAAGAAUAUGAGACUUCGGUACUGAAAAUGACUGAGAUUUACAAGAAAGAACGGGAUAUACAAACAUUAAAUAAGUUUAAGUCUCUCUUGCCUUUCAUUGAAAUUUUCUGGACUAAGAUUUUAUUUAAAAUGACAAUGGCUGGUUACAAUCAUCCAUCCGGGGCUCCGGAAAAACUAUGGUCAAAUUUCACAGAUGAAAUUACUUGUGAUCGAGGUUCAGAAAUAACAAUGAAACCGUACAUUUCAAAAAUAAAAGACGUCAUGAAACUAGGCGAAGAAUUCAUUUCCAGCGGUAAAUACAUUCAUGCUAUAGUCGCGUUCUAUGCAGCUGCUAAACUUCAUCGACAAAGCGGAAAAGGCAACGAAUCAGUGAAAGGUAUAUGGACUUGCUUCGAUAGAGCAGGGUUUGUUGCCGAAAAAAUGCAAAAAUCUGUGCAAACUGCAAAUGUUGCCCAGAAUCACGUGAUUCCAAUUAUGCAUGAAAUGACUGACUUUCUGAAGCCUAUUCACAGUCAAAGUCAAUUUGCAGAAGAACUGGAAAACAAAUCAAAAGAAUUUGUCGAAGAGAAGAAAUUCAUUUCAGCCACAGCCGCAUUAUACGUCGCAGCCAAACUGCACAAAGAGACAAAUGAAGGCGAUAACUCAGCUCAUGGUGUUCUGUCAUGCAUUGAACAAAUAAGCUUAGUCAUGGUAGAAAUGAUAAAACAGAAACAAACAAAAACCCUAAGUCAUGUGAUAUCACUCAUUACUGAAAUGAUAGAUUUCAUUGGAAUGAUUGAAAUAUCAAACUACAGUCAGUUUAUCAAUGAAAUAAUAGGCAAAGCCACAGAAUUCUAUUCAGAGAAAAAGUUUAUUCCAUCUGUUAUUUCAUUCUACGUCGCUGCUAAACUACAUGGACUUGAUAAUAAGGGAGUUCAAUCGGUGAUAGGAAUUGGACGAUUUUUCAAACAAAUACGACUCGUUGUUGAAAAGAUGACAAAACAACAUUCAAUGAAAAAGAUUGUCAUAGAUCAUGUGAUACCACUCAUGCGUGAAUUGUUAGAGAUUGUACAAACGAUAAAAGGUUCGACUCAUGAAGUCAGAGUAGAGAAGGAGGCUCGGUGUUUAUUUAACAUCGGUCUUUGCUACGGUUACUGCGAUGAACAUCAAGAAGAUGCGAACAUAAACAAUUCCGCGAUUAUACUUAUAGAAAGACAACUUGAAGAACCUCAAACAUAUCGAAUAUAUGGAAGUUGUCUCAAUAAUGCAGGAUAUGCGUAUGAUAGAAUGGGAAAUAUAGAGAAAGCGAUUGAAUUGUAUAAAAUGUCGUUGGAAGCAUAUGCGAAUGCUGAAGAUUUUUCAAGUGAUAAAGAUAAGAAUAAAGAAAUUGAACGCACAAGAAAUAAUUUGAGAAUUGUUGAAUCCAAGUUGCCCAAAUAG